ACGGCGUGAUGCGUCGUGAUGGAGGAGGCGGAGCACAGCCAGUACGUCACCCAGCUGAAGGUGGAGUUCGACAGCUGCGACACGACGGCCACCGGCUUCCUGGACCGAGACGAGCUGAUGGCGCUCUGCAGGAAGCUGCAGCUGGACGCUCACCUGCCGCUGCUGCUCAACACGCUUCUGGGAGAACGCACCUACGCCAGGGUAAACUUUGAGGAGUUUAAAGACGGUUUGGUGGACGUCCUGUCCCGCUCCCUGGACCUCAGCACCUCAGAGGAGGACAGCAGCUACCAGGAGCCAGUUGUCCCAGAGGAGGUGAAGCCAAAGUUUGUGAAGGGGACAAAGCGUUAUGGUCGUCGCUCCCGUCCCGACAGUAAAGUGGACGCUGCGCCGACCUGCGACUCAGAGGACUCUCCGCC